AUCAUACGCGCGCUCUUCUCUGGCUCACUGGCUGGUUCAGAAACAACCGCAAAGCACACAGCAUCCUCUCAUCAUGCCCUCCAUAUAGGCCUACCUUUGAUCAGUGAUCACUCUCACUCAGCCUCGCGGCCACGCUCUCAAACCAACAAACCGAGCAGAAACCCCACGCGCGUGCACGGACGGGGAGCACGCGUGCGCGCGCCACGAGCGAUGCCUCCCCUUGGCCGCGCGCGCUCUAUCCUGCUGCUCCUCCACUACGUGGCCGCCUCACACCUCCUGCUGCGCGCGCCGAUCCACCGCGCCGCCGGGGACACAUUGCCGGACCCGGCGCUGCUCGACCCGGCACUGAUCUUCCCCUCGGCGACCCCGGUGCAGCCCGCCGCCGCCGCCGCUGUUCCCGGGGGCACGAUCCCGGCGUUCCCCGAGCAGUCGGACUCGCUGGCGGGCUCCUCGUCCACGUGCCCGCUCGCGCCUUCCCCGGCGCUCCUCCCGGCCGUGCGGUCCUCCUGCGACGCCGCCGACGAUGACGGCGCGCUUCCGCCGAGGCUGCGCUGCUGCCCCGCUCUGGCCGCGUGGCUGUUCGCGGCCUACGCGCCCGCCGCGCUCGCGGAGCGGCCCCCCGCGAGGUCGUCCCCGGCCGCGGCCGCCGUGGACAUGCCGUUGCCGCCCGACGACUCCGAGGCGUGCGCGGGCGCCACGGACCGCGCGCUGCGGGCGGCGGGAGCGGCGCUGCCCCGCCCCCCCGGCGGCAACGGGACGUGCGACGUGGCGUUCUGCUACUGCGGGGUGAGGCUGAGGCGGCUGACGUGCGGACCCCCGCCGUCCGAGGGCGGCGGGCUGUGGUCACCAGCUGACGCGGCGGCGAGGAAGCUGGAGAAAGACUGCGCCCAGCCGGGCGUCCCUGGCUGCUCCAAAUGCCUUCUUGCUCUUACCACGAUAAAGGCCAGUAAUAAUCCCGAAGGUGGCGCUGGCGCGGAGGCGGCAGCGGGCAAGAAGAAGCAGACCGCCGGCCGGUCGAGCGAGAGUGACCGGGACUGCGAGCUCAUGGGGCUCAUGUGGCUGCUGCAGCGCAACGCCACGCGCUACGGGGCGACGGCCACGGCCGUGAUCCAGGCCCUGAUGGCCGUGGACGAGGCGUCCGCCGCAGGUGUCGUCGCGGUGGCGACAGACGCGGGGCCAGCCGCGGCGUGCUCGCUGCCCGUGGACGACAUGCCCCUCCCGGCCGAGUACGCGCAGGUCGGCAGGGCCAGCGACGCGCCUCGUGUCUGCUGCUUCCACCUGGUCGUGCUGCUUGCCACUCUAAGCUGGAUCCGUUUUGUGUACUCGCUGUAGCAUUUUGCGAUUUAAUUCAAGUUCGUUUUAUAUGGCCCAUUA